CAAUGACACAAGUACACAAUAGGCAUCGUCAGGUAUCAUACCUUCAUGUAACAGUAACAGUUUGAUCUGCCAUAUAUAUAUGGGAUACUAUCAAAGUAAACAGAUUAGCCAUAUAAGACUUGGCUGCUAGGAAGUAGCAAGAAGAGGAGGGACAGGGAGAUGGCAAUGGCAUCAUCUUCAUCUUCUUGCUGUUCUUCUUAUCCCUCUCACAUGGCAUUUCUACAAGCUAAGUGCUGUGUUCAGAGACGACCUACUUCUUUUUCACAAGACUUCGACAAUUUUAAGGUUGCCCUGUCCUCUGCUUUUAAGAGACGACAUCCUCUCAGGAUCGAGGUCCCAGCUCCGGUAAAGGAGACCUACCGCAAGAUUUUGGAUACGUUUGUCAAUUCGGUGUUCGAGUUUGUUGAUCAGCCUUUGCUCCCAUCCCAGAGCAAUUUCUUGCCGGUUGAGGAACUGGGUAAGCCUGUUCUCAUCAGCUCCAUUGAUAUCGAGGGGAAAAUUCCAGAUGAUUUUCCAGAGGGAGUUUACAUCAGAAAUGGCCCAAAUCCGUUGUUUGGAGGGCUGAAGUCAACGAGGUCAGUUUUUGGGAGGUCAAGCCAUGCAUGGAUUGAAGGGGAAGGAAUGCUGCACGCUCUUUACUUCAACAAACAACCCAAACAAGGGUAUGGUGACGGAAUGGGAUUCGAUUGGAGUGUCCAAUACAAUAACAGACAUGUCGAGACGGGGACGUUCAACCUCGAAAGGAAGAGGACCAAGCCGUCUUUCCUCCCCGCCAUCGAAGGCGAUUCGCUGGCUGUCUUGUCCGCUUAUCUUCUCAAUUCGCUGAGAUUUGGCAAGGUCAACAAGUACAUAAGCAACACCAAUGUUUUUGAGCACGCCGGGAAGUACUAUUCAGUGGCAGAGAAUCACAUCCCUCAGGAGAUCGAUAUAUCCACCCUAGGAACCCUUGGCGACUGGGACAUGAACGGAGCUUGGAAUCGACCAUUCACGAGCCAUCCAAAGAGGGCACCGGGCACGGGCGAGCUCGUUAUUAUAGGGAUCGAUGCGAUCAAGCCCUUCAUGGAGCUAGGCAUUGUCUCUGCCGAUGGAAGGAGAUUACUACAUAAAGUGGAUAUCAAACUCAACCGUUGUAGCCUCUGCCAUGAAAUUGGGGUUACCCAAAGGUACAAUGUGAUAAUGGAUUUUCCGGUAACAAUAGACAUAUACCGGCUUUUACUAGGAGGGCCAUUGAUUAAAUUUAACAAGGAAAGCUACGCAAGGAUUGGAGUGAUGCCUCGUUAUGGUGACUCUGAUUCUAUCCAAUGGUUCAAUGUAGAGCUGAGUUGUGCAUUCCACAUCUUCAAUUGUUUCGAGGAUGCCGACGAGGUUGUGGUGAGGGGUUGCAGGGCUCAAGAGUCGAUAAUCCCGGGUCCCGACGUUGGUCUAAACAACUCCAAGCGGUUCAGUAGGAGACCCAAACCUCUCAGAGUGUCCGACCGAGAAAACGUUAACAGUAAUUCCAUUGCAGAGGAAGAAGAAAAAGAAGCUGGCUUCUUGUUUUCUCGUACGUAUGAGUGGAGAUUGAACAUGAAGACUGGGGACGUUAAGGAAAGGAAUGUCACAGGCAAAGAAUUCUCCGUGGAUUUCCCUAUCAUAAAUGGGAACUUUACGGGUCUUCGGAACAAGUUCGGGUACGCCCAAGUUGUCGAUUCUUCCGCAAGCUCCAAAGCUGGGCCAGUCAAGAUCAAGUACGGAUGUCUAUCCAAGCUGUACUUCGACGAACCCAACGAUAAUGGCGACAAAUUCUCUCCGGGAAGUGGCAGAUGUGAAGAUGCAAUCAAGGUGGAGUACCACGAUUUUGGGGGCAACAUCUUUUGCUCGGGUGCUACAUUUGUCCCUAGGCAAGGUGGUCUCGAAGAGGAUGACGGGUGGUUGAUCACUUUUGUACAUAAUGAACGGACCGAUAUUUCACAAGUGCAUAUCAUCGACUGUAAGAAUGUAUCAGGAGAGCCAGUUGCAAAAAUCACGCUGCCUUCACGAGUUCCUUACGGUUUCCACGGGACCUACAUUCCCCGAAUUUGAUGGGGAGGUGAUAUAUCUUGGUUUCGAUCAAGUACUUUAUUAUUAUUAGUCUCUUUUUUUUUUUUGCCUAAAUCGAGCUAGCUAAGAGUUGUAAGCUGUAACAUAUGUAUGGGUAUGGCGUAAAUAAACUCCUUAAUAAAAUAUUCCACGGGAUCUCUUUAGUAAUUUGGAUCAGCAAAAUAAAAUAUUCGCUGCAAUUCAUUA